AUGGCCAUUCAGCAAAUAUUUACCCGGAAAGCAAGGUCCUCCGGUACCUUUACACUAGUGGCUCUAUGUUUUGCACUAUUCACGGACACUUUCGUCUAUGGCAUCAUCGUACCUAUUCUUCCUUUCUUAUUGAUGGGCCAUGGCAACAUGGCUUCCAAGGACGUUCAAAAAUGGUCGUCUGUUUUAUUAGCGACCUAUGGCGCUGCUCUUUUACUUGGCUCUCCUGUGGUGGGAUAUUUCUGCGACAAAUAUCGCACUCGGCAAGCACCAUUGGUUUCUGGUUUCAUCGCCAUGGCCCUAGCGACCGCCCUAUUCAUUUCUGCGAAUAAUGUUUGGGUGCUUCUCGUAGCUCGAGUAUGCCAGGGUCUGUCAGGAGCUGUAGUGGGGGUUUUAGGGCUGAGCAUGAUCGCUGAAACAUCCCGUCCGGAACAGUUGGGUUCGCAUAUGGCUUGCGGGUCAGCAUCAUUAACGUGGGGAAUGCUCUGUGGUCCUAUGACUGGUUGUUUCCUGUUUUCCCAAUUUGGCACUGUUGGUGCUUUCGGUGUCCCAAUUGCACUGCUUGCGGUUGACAUUAUUCUGCGGAUGUUGAUUGUACAGGAAGAUGGAGAUGAAACCAAAAAACAUCACCAGGAGAAUUCUCCUCUAUUGGAAAGCAGUGACAGUGGCUCUGGCGAUAAUUCAUUGAGCUUUUACCAAUUCCUACAUCCACUCAUCCUGGGUUUGAUAUUUUCAGUUCUUGUCAUUUCUUUCAUUUUAUCUGCCAUUGAAACGACCCUUCCACUGUACGUGCUUGACACAUACCAUUGGUCUAGUCUGGGCGCGGGACUUGUAUUCCUCCCAUUGACAAUACCUUCCGUCCUCGGUAUUCCAAUUGCCCACUUUGUAAGGCAUUUUGUGCCACGAACGGUUGUGGUAACUGGAUUCUUCUUGAUGGCAGUACCUACGGUAUCACUGCGGUGGACACAAGCAAACACCAUCCAUCAUGAAAUCGCACUUAUUUUCUUACUAUUCGUCGUCGGAGUAUGUCUUACAACAGUUCAAGCGAUUAUUAUGGGAGAUGUCUCCAAUGCAGUCCGGAAGAUUGAAAGCCUUCACCGGAUCACAGAAGAGAAAAGCAGCGGACAGGCAAGGGGCUACGCACUCUGUAACAUGGCAUUUGCAGCUGGUCAAACGCUCGGUCCCAUCGCUGGUGGAUUCAUCAAACAUGAAUUAUGCUGGGGAUUUAUGACACUAGUGCUUGGGAUUCUAUGUUUGGUCGCUGGGCUUUCGUCGUUCUUUUCCAUGUCGGCAGCUCCUGAAGUUGACGGGAACAGGGUCAAGGUCAACGAUAACGGAUGUUGA